AUGCAGGUUCAGGGCUCCCUCUCCUAUCCAACGCCAGGUCUCCUUAGAAUUCCUUUGGAGCUUCGCACAAAGAUCUUCAAAUACUGUUUAGGAGGUCGCACUGUGUAUAGAGGAUUUAAUUCUUAUACCGAUAAAAGAACCUCACUUCUACGAACCUGCCGUCAGAUUUGUGAUGAUGUCAAACAUAUUAUUUUGUCCACUUUUUUGUUCCACUUCGCAAGUACUUUCUUCAUGGUCGAUACACUUAUUGGAUUGCCAAUAUCUAUCAUCUCUCAAAUUCGAAAUAUUCGUGUUAAAGGAUACCCGUUUUCGGUAGCCACGGAUUUCGAAUGGUCUAGCGAGAGAAAUUACGGCGAGAAACGAGGAGUUGAGCAGAAAUGCGAGGAGGAAGAUGAUAAGGUCGAAUUGGUUCAUAAAAAGAGGGCCUUUGAAGCAUUUACCACUUAUCCAAUGGCAUACACUCUUUCAUUAUUUCCAGGGCUACAACUCAACAAGUUAAUAGUUGAAGACGUGCAUCAUGGUAUAGGUCAAUACGAGGGAUUUUUACCAAAUGUUCAGAAAUACAACCAAAUUCAAUCUUUAAUUCGGCAGAAUGGAUGGAGGGAAUUACGGUUUUUGACUUCAACAACAGUCUUUGUAAAUGGGAAUGGUAGAUCAUAUCUAGUCGAACAGCCAGCUGGAUGGGAUAAAGAUAUUAAAGAGAUGGAUGGUACUGGCUCUGGUGCAGAGUGUAAGAUGUUUGCUGGUGAGAACUAUGGACAGGACGAGGAUGAAAAUGCGAUACGACAGGUCUGGGAGAUCGACCCGGAUGCCAGAUCAGCAUGGAUAGGGAUUCCAAAAGAUGAAUAUCAUGGCCCGAAGCAGGAUCCCUAUCAACAGGUACUCGUCGUCGUGAAACGAGGGAAAGACACUGAUUAUAUGAAUGACGGAAGCCAUGAGUGUGAGAAAUUCGAGGCAUUGUUUGAUAAUAUGACUUGGGAUGAGAUCAAAGAGACCAAUUACCGUCCGCCUAAACAUUAA